UUUCUUGCAACGCAACCAGCCCGUGAUCAACUUUUUUGUUUUUUUUUUUUUGCCCGAAGCCGUGAUGGCCGCGCUUUAGCCGUCUGACUUCGGCAAAGAAGGCGACUGCUUAUUGGCUACAGUGGAAAGCAAGGUCCAUUGUUAUUGGAUGGCUGGAUCCCGGUUCGGAACUGAUAGUGUCGGGCGGCCGCAGAGAACUGAGAAAUGUGGAGCUGAUGGGUCACUCUGGGGUGGCCUCCGUACCCCUGAUCCCAGGGAGGUGGAGGUCUCUGCCUCCUGAAGCCAGCUAUGGAGCGGCCCCUCCUUGAAGGGCUAUCUGAGGGAGACCCUCAGCCAGUGAUUGCCUUUCAGAGGCACGUCAGGCGACGACGAAUCCUCAUAUACAGGCCUUCCCUUGAGGAGCAGGAAUCCCCAACCCUGUCCCUGAAGUCCCUUGAGCAAGGUAGAGCAUCUCCCCCGCCUUGUGGGGAGACAAGCCAGUCAUCUAGCAAGCGGCAACGGCUGCAGCAGGGGUCACCCCCAAUAGCGGAGAAGAGCAGCAACGGAGGCUAUGGCAGGGCUGGAGAAACCCUGUGGCAUAUGGCAUCUCCCAUGGAGAAGAAGCAGCGGAAAGUGCUGGCGGUGGACCUGGAGGACUUUUCCACAACCCAGGAGUCUCCACAAGGCUGCUCACCUCUGCAAAGACCUGCCAUGUCUCCCAGCAAAAAUCCCCUCCAGUUGACCUAUACGAAUGAAGAGGGAACUUCUUGGUCAGCAAAGGGUCAAAGCAGUUUUGUAGGCAGAUCGUCUCCCCCAAAGGGGGGCUCCCCACCCUGUCAAGAGCCUCAAGAGAAGUUGGCUCAUGCAUGCCGGCAGCUAUGGGGCCACAGGCUGCCUCCCCCUAACUGCUGUGAGUCGGAGCGCCUGCAAGCCAAGAGGCAGCGUCUCCAGAAGGGGGCACCUCUAGCAAAUGGGAAUGAAGUGACCAAAGUGUCCCCGCUGGAGAAGGCCCGUCGGCAGAUCCUGGCCAUCAGCUUGGAUGACUCCUUGAACAGAGCGCUGGAGGCCGAUGUUGGCAAGGAGAAGCUGGAGACCUCCCCAUCCCCCUGUGGGAGUGAUCAAUUGGUGCUACCUUGCCAAUCGCCUGCUCCAAAUGUGGAAAGGCCCACCCCAUCAGGCCAGCGGGAACUCUGUCAUCCAACAGAUGCCUCUUCUGAAGUAGCUGAACCUCCUUCCUCCUGGCCGCCUUCAGCUUCAACCCUCUUGCGUCCAUCUGUGGCCCCCUGUUUCCGGCCCUGGGGCCUGGUCCCUGUCUUCCAGACCAUGCGUUCCAAGCUGGAGGCCUUUGCUGACAUCUUCCUUAGUCCCUCCAAGCCCUCCCUUCCAUCCACCGAGGGAACCCCCACGCUGCUGCCGCGCCCCCAGGCAAAUGAGGACCAGGCAGCAGCCCAACCGGGAACCCCACGCCAAGGAGUCAACAUUGAGGUGAAAAUUGCCAUUUCAGAACCACGACCCCGGAAGAGGAGUUGCCACCACGAAGAGGAGGAGACGGGCAGUGUGGUGGUGAGCGGGCGGCCCCCUAUUCGCCAGUGGCGCCUGAAUGAAGGGGACCCUGCUCCUCAGCCCCGCCUUGGACGCAGCUACUCCUGCCCCGAUUUUCCGGGAGCCUGCUCAUGGCGAGCUUCCCCCACAGCCCUUCCCCACUCUGCACAGCUGCGACAGCGCCGGCAUACAGUCUGUAGCCUGGAGGUGUCCCGAGAACUGGGCCGUCCCACCCCGCCCUGCCUACGCAAGGAAGUGUACCCCUUCUGUACGUCCCCUGCGCGCCUCCUGCUCGGUCCCUCGGUGCACGCUCCCCACUGUGAUGGUUCCUCCUACUCCUCCCCUGUGCCUUCCUGCUGCCUCGAAUCCAACCCGGCUCAUUCCAGGGACAUCUCCCCCUCCCCAGAAGGUGGCCAGAGGGUGCCUGGGGUUGGCCUGGACAUGGACGACUCGAAGAUACUCGCCUCGGAGCAGAUGAUGCUUUCGGAGGCUGAGAUGAAGGAUUCUCAAGACAACACCAUAGGGAAGGUCUCCUGCAUAAGGAUUCGCAGGACGCCUGCCAGGCAGCAAGCAAACCUCACCCCCAUGGGGCUUCCUCGACCUGUCAGGCUGAACAAGAAAGAGUUCAGCCUGGAGGAGAUCUACACAAACAAGAACUACCACACACCCACAGAGAAGAGGUCAUUUGAGACCAUCUUCGAGGUUCCAUUGGAACGCAAUGGAGCGCUUAUCUUCACCAGCCAACGCAAGCUGAAGAGGGCCAUGGAAUUCAGAGAGGGGGGCCUUCCCCGCAAGCAGCGCAAAGCCCGUUCCCGAGGAAGACGCUGGGCAGGGGGCCGGAGGGCUCAGCCUCAGCCACCUGAGCUGGAAGAGCUGCUGCAGCAGCGGCUGGCUGAGCUGGAUGCCCUGUUUGAGGAGGAAGAAUACUGAGCAAAGCCUACAUCUGUACAGAGGAAAGUGCUCCCUAGGAGUCAGUGCUCUCCUGUGUAUUCCCAGAAGCACCUGCUCCUUUAAAUUAGUGGGCAUCUUCUCAAACCACCAUUACCACUCCCGACUUCUCUUGUGGUCCUCUUUAUUCUCUGCCCCUGAGACAGUUGGUCUUGUGUGACUGUUGUCUCAUCCUCCAUUGAUCUAGGCUCAGCCUCCCAGCAUAGACAUUGCUGCCAUGAAAAUGGGGGUUGGGUGUCGCUCAGUGCCACCUGGCCAAUCACCAAGCUGCCUGCUUUGGCACCAUGUUGCUCCCCUUUUGGCUCAGCUCUGUGGCUCAUGAGCACAAGAGGAAGAAUGUUUGUGGUGUCCCAAAGCUGCCCAUUCUCUGCACUCUGCUGCAUUCGCACAACUGGACCACCAGUGCCUCACAUGGAGCAGGGAGGCAGGGGGACUCUUCCGUCCAGUGCCAUAUGGUAUUGUGCCAUCUAUUAGAGUUGUAGCCUAGCAGGGGGUGUGCCCAACUACAUAGGGAGCAAGUGACCUGUUCUGGGGCAGCUGUCUCUGCCAAAAGAAUAUAUGAAUGCAGAACAGUUUACAAGCCUAUUGAGUAGAAAGAAGAAAAGAAUUCUGGAAAAGUGAGAGCAGAAGGAAGUUUGUUAUAGGGCAGAAGAUGAAACCGAGGAAGAGGCUGGGAAAUGGGUAUGUGUCCCUGCCACUGUUAAAAAGUUUCACCUAGUUGGACAGUGCAACUAGUCAGGAAUCCUGACAGAAUCCCUUGGUGUCUCUGUCUAGGAUUGGGGCCUCAGUAUUCCCAGUUCACAUCCACUUGCUUGGAAUGUGUUCUGUUAGGCAUGAGGUUUUUUGGUUUGCAUUUUUAUAUUAAUCUAUAUUUCUAAUAAACUUUUCAGCUUGGAGAAUA